AUGCUACCCAACUCAACUGGCGGGAUCAUGAAACGGGCCACUGGCGCGCUAACUCUAGUGCUGCUCGUGGCCCAAGUGAACCUUGUGCCUGUGACAGCCUCGACACUGCUGGACAGGGCCGACUCGGCUGCGCAGAAGCGUGACCUCGGGUACACGCUGGAGUAUUAUGAAGGUGUGUUGUGCGCCGGUGAGCCGUAUUUACAGGUUGAUGGAGGGCAGUCCGGGGAUACCGGUUGCUCCAGCACCAACUUCAACGGGAAUCAGGAGAAGUGUGCGAGGUCGAUCAUGAUCCACAAGCACGACACCUGGGAAUCCACAGACCGCAAGUUGUUUCUUUCCAUGUGGGAGAAAAACGACUGCACGGGAGCGCUGUUCGACUAUGAGACUCACAUUUGGCCUGGCACAAAGGCCUGCCAGUCUCUCUCGAGCGCAGACUGCGCCCACGCGGUCCGCGCGUAUGUCAAGUGA